UAUCCUUCAACAGACUCAAGCAACACAAAAUGGAAACCAUUGGUGAGAUCAUCCCAUUUGCUAAGGAGAUGCUGAACCAGAAGCCCAACCGGAGUAUGCUGAAGAUCUACAUGCUUGGCUCCACUCUGGCCGUGCUUGGAGUGGUUGGUGGACUGCUGGAAACGGUUCUCCUGCCCUUUGUGGAGAAUGACGAUGCCGAGGACACACCAGUAGAGGUGGUGAUGGUGGAGAAGAAGGAGAAGCAGGUGUUGAAGACGCAGACUACCGUGAUUCGCUCUGAUGCUGUGGAGGUGCUGGAGACAGUAGGGAUGGAGGCGAAGGCCAAACAGCUGGUGAAUAAUGGGCAGAGGAGAGGCUCAGCCUACCGCGUACAUGCCUCUUAAAGAAACCCUCAUCUCCUGAUGCAAAAGGACACUGAAUUUACAACAUUGAUGACAAUGAUGGUAAAUUAAAUUGCAAUGUUGAACUGGUCACUUUGUGUUCAUUCUUUUAUUUGCCAAUUUUCCACUUUUGACUGGUGAGUAAAAGAUAAGUAGAUACAGUGAGAACUGCAGGUUCAGUGGCGUCUGGCUGCUGGGCAGCAGAAACUUUGUGGAAAGUGUGUAUGGAAAGGAAUGUUUGUGAUUUAACUCAUUUUGCACUCCAAUAAACCUAUUUUUCAAC